AUGUGUGUCAUAAUAACCCAAAAGUAUCACAUCUGCGGCUGCAUCUUGAAUAUCCAAGAUCUCUACUGCAAACCCACCGAAACCUGCUGGGGCCCCAAAAUGAUCAUAAUCAACUGCCACUUACAAACCUGCAAGGAAUGCUGGAGAUCCGGCGACAAGCGGAUUAACAACGAGAUAGCCGCCCUAUCCCAACGCAACGAAGAACACCGUCGUUAUAAAACACACCAGCACGAACAAUAUUCUGCACCUGCCAAAAGCGUGCAACAGGAAGAGUUAUCAUCCGGCGAGGAGGACUUCGAGGCACUGCAUCCCUCUAGACCGACAACGCCGGAACUCGAUCUUAACCCGCAGCAGAUGCCCCGAUGGCUAUUUGAGGCAGAAGUAAUGGCUGAUAUGAGCAGGGCUUGCGAACCGGUAAAGCGGGAAAAGAUAUGGAAGAAUUAUCGGGCCUGGCGAGAGAAGACGGAUUGGUAUUUGGUUGAAGAUUUACUGGGUGAGUGGUUGGGGCCGACGGUGAGUAGUUUUGAGGAUGAGAAGGCACCUGUUGACGAGGAUGAUGAUUAUUGA